AUGGACAACGAUCGGUUAACGCAGCUGCCUAUGUCCCGAAUUCGAACGGUCAUGAAAACCUCGCCCGACAUGGGAAACAUCAAUCCCGAAGCACUGUUUCUCAUGUGCCGCUCAGCAGAAAUGUUUAUCGAGUAUAUGGCGAAGGGAGCGCACCGGCAGGGCAAGAAAUCGCUCGAGUACAAAGAUCUGGCCAAGUGUGUGGAGGAGGACGACAAUCUGGAGUUCCUGUCGCAGAUCCUGCCGAAGAAGAUCACCGUGAAGGAGUAUAAAACGUUGAUGGCAAAGAAACGGGACACGGACGAUGAUACGGACAGCGAGGAGGAGGCGGAUGAAGAAUCGGGCAAUGAAGAGGCGAAUGCGGACGAUGACGACGAUGAUGAUGAUGAUGAUGUGGUGGAGAUAGUGGACGACGACGACGACGACGAGGACGACAACAAGAAGAAGGUGCGGCAGGAGCAGGCAGACAGCGAGGAUUCGGCGUCGGACAGUGGGGAAAGCAAUAGCGUGAUAUCGAUCGACUCCAGCUCGGACGAGAAGGAGAAUUCCAAAAACGUUAGCAAUAAGAAAUCGCCGGUAAAGCACAAAACUGGCGAUUCGCCGUAGAGGAAAAGGUGCGUUGAACGGGGAAAGGGGCUUAAUAAGGGAGGGAUCUUUAAUUUAGGGACUGAUUUAGUCAGGUUUACGCUGCGUGCGAGACAUUUCCGUACGUAUUGCGGUGUAACUGAAACUUUUAAAUUGAACGUUGGGGUGUUGGACCAGCCGGGUGAGACACUCCCAUUCGUUAAUUUUAAUUCAGGAGCUGAGGAUAACCACUUUUGUACCAUAAUUUGACCUUUUUUGCAGUAUAAUUUAUUUAAACAACAGUUAACAAACUGCCGUUCAUUCGAGCGUGCAAAACAAACGAAACAAAUAGGUAGGAUGGCCGCAGAAAACGUGUAGUAAGGUUCCAACUGUCUUGUAAUGUUCCAAAAUCUCAAACUAAACAAUAAAUCACGGUUAUAAAAUGCAA